AUGAAUAUCAAUUUUAAUGAUGGUGUCCAUGAUGAUGAUGAUGACCCUCAUGAUGGUGAUGACCAUGGUGAUGAUGAUGCCCGUGAUGGUGAUCAUGGUGAUGAUCAUGAUGAUGUCCAUGGUGAUGAUGGUGUCCAUGAUGGUGAUGAUGCCCAUGGUGGUCCUCAUGAUGAUGUACUGCUUUAUUUUAAUGAUGAUGGCCAUGAUGGUGAUGAUGACCCUCAUGAUGGUGAUGUCCGUGGUGGUGAUGAUGCCCGUGAUGGUGAUCAUGGUGAUGAUCAUGAUGAUGUCCAUGGUGAUGAUGGUGUCCAUGAUGGUGAUCAUGCCCAUGAUGGUGCCCAUGAUGAUGGUGAGGCUUCGCUCAAUUUUAAUGAUGGUGUCCGUGAUGAUGAUGAUGGCCCUCAUGAUGGUGAUGACCAUGGUGGUGAUGAUGCCCGUGAUGGUGAUCAUGGUGAUGAUCAUGAUGAUGUCCAUGGUGAUGAUGGUGUCCAUGAUGAUGAUGAUGCCCAUGGUGGUCCUCAUGAUGAUGGUGAGGUUUCGGUUCUGGAUUGCACAUUGCAUCAGAUAUGA